UUUACCACUUACAACAUGGUGGACCCCACAUGGAUUGGGUGACAAUUCCUGUCCUUUUAUACAUUCUAAUAGAGGCUCCCUCGAGCUCCCUCCAAAACCCCAUAUCUCUUGCCGGGAUAAAGGAAGAAAGGGGAGCGGAAGUCGUGUAGAAAGUGAGAAGCAAGGGCCCUUAAAAGAGGUGGUGAUGGACGGUCAGCAGCAGCAAGAGCACGAAUCAUAUGGCGGAGAUAUGCCGGAAGAUGGAGGGGAGAUGGACACUGAUAUGAAAAUGGCUAGGGCUGACUUUGACAAUGAAGAUCCCGAUUCCAAAAAGGAUUUAGAGGAGAUGAAGAAGAGGCUGAAGGAGAUCGAAGACGAAGCCGGUGACCUUCGUGAGAUGCAGGCCAAAGUUGAGAAAGAAAUGGGCGCCGUUCAAGAUCCUUCUGGUGCUGCUGCAACCCAGGCUGAAAAAGAGGAGGUUGAUUCCCGCUCAAUCUAUGUUGGUAAUGUAGACUAUGAGUGCACUCCAGAGGAAGUCCAGCAGCAUUUCCAAUCUUGUGGAACAGUGAACAGAGUGACCAUUUUGACUGACAAGUUUGGUCAACCCAAGGGAUUUGCUUAUGUAGAGUUUGUUGAAACAGACGCUAUUCAGAAUGCUCUGCUUUUAAAUGAAUCCGAGUUACAUGGUCGCCAGUUGAAGGUAUCGGCUAAACGGACCAACAUUCCAGGAUUGAAGCAGUACCGAGGAAGGCGCCCCAACCCAUAUAUGGCUUUUCGAUCCCGAAGACCAUACAUGCCACCCCCCAUCUAUUCUCCUUUUGGCUAUGGCAAGGUUCCAAGGUUCAGACGGCCCAUGCGAUACAGACCAUACUACUGAUGGGGUUCUCUAAUCGGCUUGCUGCAACCCCAAGCAUCGCAAAACAUUUAUUUGGUGAGACCAUGAACAUGGCGUAUUUUUAAGGGCCAAAAUCCCUGAUCGAGCGCUCUGGAGCUCCAAAAAUCCAUCUUCCUAACAGCCUGUGUUACCGAUAUGCUGAUGGUCUGCUUGAGUGGCCAAAUCUGGAAUCCUCUUUUUUAGGGUUUUCCAACCCCUGGCCUGAUUUGUUUUAGCUCGAAUGCUGGUUACCUGGAGAAGGAUGGAUUCACUGUUCUGUUCUUUUGAAUUGCAGGAAUUAGGUUGACAAGCGGAAGUGAUUCAUUUUUGUUUUUCACAUUUUAAAGGAUUUGGUUGACUCCAUGUUGGGAUGGAAAAGAAUUAACUGCAAUUUGAGGGCUAAUCCCUCCACUGAAUGUGGGCCCGUUUUCUGUUU